CUUCCUUCAUCUACUGUGAGGAUGUUGUGUUAUUGGGGAGCGCAGGUCAGGGAGGGCUUCGGGUUGUUACAGCCUGAUCAUGUCAGACAUGCGGAUUUUGGUGGUAUCCGCUUCAUGUUUCCAAAAUCAGAAAUACAGGACCUGUCAGCGGGAAGAAGCUUUGUUGGAUUCAUCCGGGAUGGGAAGGUCUCGGUCAUGAGGUUGCGCCCUGAAGACAACCAUCAUGAUGGCAGACUAAAACAGUUACAAAUAAAGAAUGAUAAAAUUACAUCAGUUGAAUGUGGGGAUGCUGGUGCGGUCCUUCUCGCUCAUGGAGGAAAAGUUCUUAUUAUGGACAAAUCUACGAUGUGCAAUCCUCUCAAAGGCCUGGACAACAGGAAGGUGAUUCAGAUCACAUGUGGAGACCAGCAUUCAAUGGCACUAACUCACGAUGGUCAGUUGUUUGUAUGGGGUGAGAACUCUCAUGGUCAGCUGGGUUUGAAGGAAGGACAAUCUGGCACUCUGACUGCUCAACAUGUUCAGAGUCUGUCUGGAAUUCCUCUGGCUCAGAUCAGCGCUGGAGGAGACCACAGCUUCGCCUUGUCUCUCUCUGGAGCUGUGUUUGGAUGGGGGAAGAACAACGCUGGACAGCUGGGCCUAGGAGACACCAAAGACAGACACGUCCCAACAGUUGUAAGCAGCCUGACCCAGAAGAAAACUGUGUUGAUCUCAUGUGGUGGGGAACACACAGCAACUUUAUCAAAGGGCGGCACUGUGUUCACAUUUGGAUCGGGACGUUUUGGGCAACUUGGACACAACUCAUUUAGAGAUGAACAUCAUCCGCGGGUGGUCGCUGAACUGUGGGGAUCUGAAGUGUCCCAGGUCACAUGUGGAAGAAAUCACACUCUUGUAUUAGUGGAAUCGUCAAAGCUGAUCUACUCAUUUGGAUGUGGGAUGCAAGGGCAGUUGGGAAAUGGACAAAUGUGCAAUCAGUCUGUGCCAUUACCUGUGAAGCUACCAACUGAAUCUAAUCAUGCAUAUGUAGUUGGAAAACUCAUUUCUGGGGAGAACCAUUCCUUUGCCUUGUGUUUCAAGGAACUUGGGAAUGAUACAGCAACGCCUAGACCCAAUCAAAUCAGAGAGAUUUUGACAUUAGAUUACAGAAUGAUUGAACAAUGGGUGAAUGAAAGUGACCCAAAAUCAUGGCCAAAAAUAAAAAAUGAAAUCAACAAAGUGUUCUCAUCCACUGCCUCUUUAAAUGGAAGUUUUCUCAAAACAAGUUGUGAUGAACAUUACCAGACAUCUGUGGAGCUCUGUGGUUUGGAUUUUGACCUGAUCAAACAGUCUUUUGCAAAGUUAUCAGAGAAUAAAAUGGUGCUAUCAGAGGUUGUGAACGUUGUUCAGCGUACACUGCUGCCUUCUCUGAACACAAAUCCAGCUGGUGUUGAAGCUUUGAGACUUUACCUUCUCCUCCCUGAACUCAUCAACAGAACUGAAUGCACCGAAUGUACGGAAACACUGGCCUCCAAAAUCCUUCAGCUGAAUCCUGCUGCUCUGAAGGUGUUAGAGAACUACUGGUCCAAACUCCCUGAUGACUGUCUCAAAGGCUUGGUGGUGUUGUUUCGUAAAGAAUCUGCUAAGUUGAUUUACAGGAUUUGCCAUGGCAAAAUGAACAUACUGAAACGACUGCAGAAAUGUGUGCAGGUCCUUCAGAUGCUUUAUAAGGUCCGCUGCAUUACCCGCAAUGACAUGAUCACAAACAGGGAUUUCAUCAUUCAUGAGAUCAAUGAUCUCAUUGACACGCUUCAAGCCACAGAUGUAACCACAGUUUGUCUUUGGGAUGGGUGUGAAGAUCUCAGUGAAAUUUUUAAACUGAGAGAUUACUAUAUUGGAACUCUUAAAGUGCUGGUCAAUUUCCCCUUUGUGGCUGACACCAUUUCUAAACAGCAAAUAUUUACUUACUUGCAGAAUCCUUUCUUGGAGGGUUUUCCAGAAAUAGACCUACUCAAUUUCCAUCGGAACAAGUUGCACAUAAACCGGCAAACAAUAUUGAAGGACACACUUUUUUAUCUCAAAAUAGGCAUCAUCUCAUUUUCCAUUAAUCUGCAGGUCCAGUUUGUUGGGGAGAAUGGGGUCGAUCAGAGGGGCUUAUCUGCUGAGUUUUUCUCCCUACUUUCACGGUCGAUUCUCACUUGGGACAAAAGGCUGCUGGAAGUCUGUGAGAAUUUUCUGAUUUGGUUUCGUUCUGAUUGCACACACGAAGAAGUUUGUGACGUCACAGAUUUUUAUUACAUCGGCAUUAUGUGUGGAAUGGCACUGCACAACCAUCAUUACAUGAGCAUUAACUUUCCAUUGGCGUUGUUCAAGAAACUCCUCCAACUGAGUCCCACAUUCAGUGAUCUAGAGGAACUGUCCCCUGUGGAGGCCAGAAGUUUGAAAAAUCUUCUCGAGGAGGAUGAAGAAGUAGUGGAUGAGCUCUUUUUGGAUUUCACGGUCAAAGGGCAAGAGCUCAUUCCAAAUGGAAGUCAGAUUCCAGUGACCAAAAUUAAUAGACAGAAGUAUGUGGAUAUGUACGUCGACUUUGUUUUCAACAAGUCAGUGAAGAAUCGGUUCGAGCAGUUCUCAAGAGGUUUUUCUGAGGGUUGUCCGGUCAAUGCUUGGAAGAUGUUCCACCCUGAAGAACUCCGGGAACUUUUCCAUGGUUCGCGUGAAUAUGCGUGGAAAGACCUUCGCCAGUGUGCUACCUACGAACGCUGUUCUCCCUCUGAUGAGCUUAUCAUGAAUUUCUGGACUGUUUUCUUCGAGUUGUCUGAAGAGAACAAGAAGAAAUUUCUACUUUUCAUGUAUGGAACGGACUGUGUUCCUGUCGGAGGUCUCUCAAAGCUGUCACUGAAGAUUGUGCAGUUGAACCUUCCUGAGCCAGAUGACCGUUUCCCAGAAGCCCAGAUCUGUUUUGGCAUAUUGCAUCUCCCCAAAUACAGCAAUACUGACAUACUUCGCAACAAGUUAAUGCAUGCUAUCAACUUCUGUGAGGUUUUUGGACAGAGUCCUCUCAAAGGCCUGGACAACAGGAAUGUGAUUCAGAUCACAUGUGGAGACCAGCAUUCAAUGGCACUAACUCAAGAUGGUCAGUUGUUUGUAUGGGGUGAGAACUCUCAUGGUCAGCUGGGUUUGAAGGAAGGACAAUCUGGCACUCUGACUGCUCAACAUGUUCAGAGUCUGUCUGGAAUUCCUCUGGCUCAGAUCAGCGCUGGAGGAGACCACAGCUUCGCCUUGUCUCUCUCUGGAGCUGUGUUUGGAUGGGGGAAGAACAACUCUGGACAGCUGGGCCUAGGAGACACCAAAGACAGACAUGUCCCAACAGUUGUAAACUGCCUAAAUCAGAAGAAAACGGUCAUGAUCGCUUGUGGAGGGGAACACACUGCCUCUAUAUCAAAGGGCGGCACUGUGUUCACAUUUGGAUCGGGACGUUUUGGGCAACUUGGACACAACUCAUUUAGAGAUGAACAUCAUCCGCGGGUGGUCGCUGAACUGUGGGGAUCUGAAGUGUCCCAGGUCACAUGUGGAAGAAAUCACACUCUUGUAUUAGUGGAUUCGUCAAAGCUGAUCUACUCAUUUGGAUGUGGGAUGCAAGGGCAGUUGGGAAAUGGACAAAUGUGCAAUCAGUCUGUGCCAUUACCUGUGAAGCUACCAACUGAAUCUAAUAAUGCAUAUGCAAUUAAAAAACUCACGACUGGGGAGAACCAUUCCUUUGCCUUGUUUAACAAAGAAGUUGGGAAUGCUUCAGCAAAGCAUAAACCCAAUCCAGGUAGAUCGGUUUUGACAUUAGACGAAAUAAUGAUUGACAGAUGGAUGACUGAAUGUGACUCAAAGGCAUGGAAAACAAAAAAGAAUGAAAUCAAGAAAGUGUUCUCUUCUGCUGCCUGUCUGAAUGGAAGUUUUCUCAAAACUAGUUGUGAUAAACAUUACCAGACAUCUGUGGAGCUCUGUGGUUUGGAUUUUGACCUGAUCAAACAGUCUUUUGUAAAGUUAUCAGAGAAUGAAAGGGUAAUAUCAAAGGUUGUGAACGUUGUUCAGCGUACACUGCUGCCUUCUCUGAACAAAAAUCCAGCUGGUGUUGAAGCUUUGAGACUUUACCUUCUCCUCCCUGAACUCAUCAGAGUUCUCCAGAAACCACAAAGAACUAAACUGACUGAAGAUCUGGCCUCCAAAAUCCUUCAACUCAGUCCUGCUGCUCUGAAGGUGUUAGAGAAUUACUGGUUCGCACUCCCUGAUGACUAUCUCAAAGGCUUGGUGAAGUUAUUUCGCAAAGAAUCUGCUGACUUGAUUGGCAGCAUUGCUGAUGGUCAAAAGGUCAUUCCAGGACACCUGCAGAAUUUUUUGCAGGUCCUUCUGAUGCUUUAUAAGGUCUUCUGCAGGACCCACAAAGACAUCACAAACAGGGAUUUCAUCAUACAUGAGAUCAAUGAUCUUCUUGACAUGCUGCAGGUGACCAACGAAGACCUGACUGACAUGAGUUGGUGGCUUGAUCAGAGAGGAGAGAUCAAUGCGUUGCAGAAGUUGAGAGAUUACUAUGUUGAAAAUAUGAAAAUAUUGGUUGAUUUCCCUUUUGUGGCUGACACCGCAUCUAAACAGAGAAUAUUCUUUCACUUGCAGGAUCUACACAUUCAAAACAUAGGCCGGAUCAUGUUCUCUGUCCAUGGCAACAUGUUGCACAUAAACAGGCAAUCACUGUUGGAGGACACACUUCAGUAUCUAAGACAAGACAUCCACUCUUUUUCCCAUCUAUUGAAGGUGGAAUUUGUUGGUGAGAUUGGCGUCGAUGAAAGGGGCUUAUCUGCUGAGUUUUUCUCCAUACUUUCACAGUCUAUUCUUACAUGGGAGAAACAGCUGCUGGAAGUCUGUGAGAAUUCAGUGGUUUGGUUCAAUCCUGAUUGCAUACACAAAGAAAAUUGUGAUGUCACAGAUUUUUAUUACAUCGGCAUUAUGUGUGGAAUGGCACUGUACAACCAUCAUUACAUGAGCAUUAACUUUCCAUUGGCGUUGUUCAAGAAACUCCUCCAACAGAGUCCCACACUCAGUGAUCUAGAGGAACUGUCCCCUGUGGAGGCCAGAAGUUUGAAAAAUCUUCUGGAGGAGGAUGAGGAAGUGGUGGAUGAGCUCUUUUUGGACUUCACGGUCAAAGGUCAAGAACUCAUUCCAAAUGGAUGUCAGAUUCCAGUGACCAUAAUUAAUAGAGAGAAGUAUGUGGAUUUGUAUGUUGACUUCGUUUUCAACAAGGCGGUGACGAAUCAGUUCGAGCAGUUUUCAAGAGGUUUUUCAAAAGGUUUUCCUCUCAGUGCCUUGAGAAUGUUCCACCCUGAAGAACUCAAGGAGCUUUUUCAUGGUUCACCUGAAUAUAAGUGGAAAGACCUUCUCCAGUGUGCUACCUACGAACGCUGUUCUCCCUCUGAUGAGCUUAUCAUGAAUUUCUGGACUGUUUUCUUCGAGUUGUCUGAAGAGAACAAGAAGAAAUUUCUACUUUUCAUGUAUGGAACGGACUGUGUUCCUGUCGGAGGUCUCUCAAAGCGGUCACUGAAGAUUGUGAAGUUGAACCAUCCUGACCCAGAUGACCGUUUCCCAGAAGCCCAGAUCUGUUUUGACAUAUUGCAUCUCCCCAAAUACAGCAAUAUUGACAUACUUCGCAAAAAGCUAAUACAUGCUAUCAACUACUGUGAGGUUUUUGGACGGGUGUGAAAUUUCCUCAAGGAAUAAGCCGGCCCCAAAAUAUAUGUUGCUGAUUGCACUUAGAGGCUCGUCCACACUGAAACGUCUGAAAACAUUUAAAUCUCCUUACUGCUCAUUUGAAAAAAACGAAAGAAUUAUUAGCCUGCGUCAUUUCUAUGUACAGUCUGAAACGCCAUUUUUCUCAUGUUUCGUCACCACCGAACAGCAAUUCUGAGUAACUUUCCGUUGCCUUUGAAGGAAUGCAUUGCAAAGGUUAAAGAAAGUAACAUUUAUCUUUAACAACGCUUUCAAAGUGUAUAGCAUGCACAACAACAUAAGCCGCCAUAUUAAUUGUUUUGGGUUGAAUGGAUCACAUGACUGCGUCACAUGACAAAAAAAUACCUCAUUGUUUUUUAAUAUCGUUUUUACUCUCCGAACUACAACGUGAAGAAGCCGUUUCCAAAUGCAUCCACUUGGGAUAGUGUUUUCGAGAAGCUGUAUUUUCGCUAGACAGAAACACUCUCUGUGUGGAUAGAAGGUCAAAACAUAGAGAAAAAUAUGCAUUUACAAACGAAAUCAAAUGAGUGUGGACUUUGCCUGAAUCUCUUUAUGAAAUGUUACAUACAUAUUAACCGGAGCUCUUUCAGUUACAAAUGUGCAAAUAUAUGGUCAAUAUUGAUUACUACAUUAUUGCCUUGGUAGGGGAAAAUAUUUUUCUAAAAGUUGUCAAAAUGGAGUUUCAUUUAACAAGGUUCAGGAGGAGCAAGUCAUUUAAUCCGACCAAUCACAGAGCCAGAGUAAGAGUAUAUAUACUUCUAUCAGGAAGACUCGCAGACUUGAGUGACAUUGAAGAUUACAUUUAUUUGAUGAAUAUAAAACAGAAAAGCAGUGUCUCUCUUUUAGCCCCAUCUGGCAGUCCGAAGAAGUUGUACUCGAAACCAUCAUAUCCUGCUGGAGAUAGGAGGCAGGGGCGAGGAGCCUAACCCCAUGUAGGAUGGGACUCAACAGGUGGUGGUGGGGUGGUGGAGGUUGCCGUGUUAGGACACUGAAACAGCAAUGUGAUAGAUUGCGAGCAGACUUAUAAAGCAAUGGCUUACAUGUGAUUGGCUGGGAAUUACCCAGCUAAUGGUGCGAUGAUGUACAGCUGCUAGUCUUCCCGCUAGAACUACGCUGCACUUACAUUUCUGUUUACCUCAGUUUACAUUAUGUGGUAUAGAGUCUUCUGGGAUCCCUCCACCUCCCUUCCCUUACACUAUGCUCAAUACAGGAUUACAUUUACUUGCAAACUACUGAAUUACUUUUGUAGGUUUAUGUAGAUAUUACAGAAUUAAAGAGAGUAUAAUUUUAAUUGAAGUAUAUUUAAAGAAGCAUAAUUUUCUGUAAAGCUUCUUCAAAAUAAUGUGUGUUGUGUAAAGCGCUAUACAAAUACAAAUGGCUUGACUUAAGAGUACAGACCUCAAAUGUUAGUAAAUGAGCAUCCAAUGUUAAAGCUAUACUUAUAAAAUUGUAUUUUAUUUAUUUAUUUGUAUUAUUAUUAAAUGACCAUUUCAUUGUUCUUCAGAGCAAUCUUCAGUUGGCACAGUACUAAGGUGACCAUACGUCCUCUUUUUCCCGGACAUGUCCUCUUUUUCUGACCUUAAAAAAAGCAUCCGGCCGGAAUUUCUACAUUCGGCUUUAGUUGCAUUAUGAUGUGCAUCUGGUCUAAUACUUUAUUGUGUGGCAUCAAACAGUUGCUUGACAGAAGCAGCAAAUGACAGCUGAGUGUAAACAAUGCCCAAAUGAAAGUGCAAAUUUACAGAAGAUUUGCACAAAAAAUUCCCAUGCUUUCAUCCAGGUCAAGAUCCGUGGGAAGCAGAAUGUAUAGCAUGUUAAGAUGGCUCUUAUGUGUCAGUUGCUAAUAAAGGUGCAUGUGAUGUAGAAGCACACAUUAGCUCUGCGAUGCAUAAAGGGUCAGAAAAAGGUGAAAGUUCAUCAGGUAAAUUUUUUGCGACCAGGUAAAAUUGUUAUUACAUUGCUUCCUUUUCCAUGGCCAUUCAA